GGGAAGAGGGAAGUUUCAAUACGUCAUCAACAUGCGUCCGCGUAAUACUGACUGUAAAGUACAGAACUGUGCUGUAAUGCCUGAGAAAAAAAUACUGGAGACGUGGAGUUAAUUUAGUUUCGUUUUCUUAGUAUUGAAACACAAGAUUCAAAGACUACCGUCUUGCAGUUAUCAUUGCUGCCAGCUUGCCCCCUUGACUGUGGAGUUUUCGGGCAUGCCUCCUAUCUAGCUAGGUCAUGUGUCGAUACAGUUAAGACGUUAGCUUGCAACCUACCUUACUUUUUAACUGGAUAGCCGUAUAUAUAUACCUUGCAAGCUGGCGGGUGUCUGCAUACUUUUUUAUAACGUUAUUUUUAUUUGAACCGUCGUUGCAGUAGUUGUGAUGUAAGCCAUUGCUGAUGUUAAAUACACAUUUGCUUAGCUAGGUAGCUGGUUUUUUAGCACGAGGCAAUCCACUUGUGCGAUUCUGAAGCUUUUUGCAAACUCAGCUGGGUGUUUUGGGCGUCAAAGUAGAAGGCAAUAGGAUUAUCGAAAUUCGCAAGUGCUAUUCAACUCCGGGGUGCAAAUAAUAUGCCUCCCUACAAGAAGAAUGGAAUUCCAGACAGGUGGACGGAGUACCAGGCUGUCGGGAAGAGAAUCCCCGGGACCCGGUUCAUCGCCUUCAAAGUUCCCUUGAAUAAGAACCUGAGGAGGCAGCUGCGCCCCCUGGAAGCCUUCGGCCCACAGGACCUGGUGAAUGUGGUGGAGCAGGAGAAGAACGCUCUGGGCCUUGUUAUUGACCUGACCUUCACCACCCGCUACUACAAGCCAGAGGAUCUGCCGGAGGGUGUGCAGUAUGUGAAGAUCUUCACCGCGGGAAAGGAGGUCCCCAGCGAUCCCACCAUCCUCAGCUUCAAGCGGGCGGUGCACCGGUUCCUCGGGGAAAACCAAGACAACGAUAAGUUGAUAGGGGUGCACUGUACCCAUGGGCUGAAUCGCACCGGCUAUCUCGUGUGCAGGUAUCUGAUAGACGUUGAAGGCAUGGAUCCAGCUGAGACUAUAGAGUUGUUCAACCGAUCGAGGGGCCACUCCAUAGAGAGGGAGAAUUACCUGGAGGACCUGAAGUCAGGGCCAAAGAGAAGCAACCAGGGCAUCGACCAGCCGGACCAAGAGGCAGUCUUGGGCCAAAUGGGCCACAGGCCAGACGAUGCCCCCUUCAACGCAUACCCACACCCGCCCUUUAAUGUGCGAGUGCCAUUUCACACCAUGCCCUUCCCCGGUCCCUACAUGCCUCCCCAUCAUUGGGGCUUAAGGCCACCAAUGGAAGGGUAUCACGGACCCCCCCUUCACCCUCCCCCACACCCACCCUAUAGGACAGGGCCCCCGCAGCCUCACCAUCAGGGGUCGGACUGGAAGAGACCCCACCCGCCCUGCCCCGCCCCGUACCCCGUGUUGCCCCGCUACUCCUACGGCGAGCCCUGGAGUAGCCCCCCAAACGGUCUCUUCCCGACCCCUGGGUUGCCACCGGGGCAUCAGAGAAGCCCCCAGGGGCCCGACAGGAAACGUCGAUUCAGGGUCCACAGACAGGACAGGGACUGGUCCUGAUGCUGCCGUUCUCGAAAAGCCUUGGCCACGCCCCCUCCCCGGCUGCACAUCGCACACUGAGAUGAGAGCUGUCUCUCUUGCUACUGAUACUCCUCUUGUGGAAUGUUCUGCACAUGGUUGUUUUUGCCUGAUUCUUUCUCCCCGCCCUCCCAUUACUGGCAAAACAUGAAGUGGAAUAAUGCCAGUAGGUCAGUAAAAAACGUAUUCCUGACAUAUUGUGCAAUGUUCAUUUAAGAAGAAAAAAAAAAAUCCUGGAAAAUUGAUCUCCUCUACACUUGGUGCGACCAUGAACUUCAGGAGCUGCUUUUGAACAGGAAUACUCAGUUGUGGAAUUCCAUUCCUCCCCCCCCCAUGUUGGACUGAAGUGGUGGUACGUUUGGGACUCUCUUAAUUAUUUUGUGUUUUAUUCAGACUAACAGAGAUUUUCUUUGCGCUGAACGUUGUGAUGUUUACUAGGAAAAUUUCCUUUUUAAUAGGCGUAAUGCUGGAGACGGUAACGAGACUGUUGACAUUGCCCGAGAAGGGUAAUGCCAUAAGUUCUUUUUAUGUUUUUUAAUGUAAUCACACUUGGACUGGAGAAAUGGUCAUGGGACUACACCAUAUAAUAAACUCCCAAAUAGAAGUUAAAAACCAGCUUUAAAAAGUUACAUAUAGGCCAUUUCAUUCAGUUUUCUUUUUUUACCUUUUUUGCUGUGUGUCCUUGAAGUGCCUGCAGGUCUUAUUUUUGUCUGCAAAGAUUUAAGGUGUAUUUCAGUGCUGAACUAAGACCCCUAACUGUAAAACCUAAGGCUGAAUGAGUCAUGGGGGCAGUUUGAAGAAAUCGGGUGUUUUGAAUACAGUUGCUCGUUCAUUCUUAGGUUCAAACUGAUGCGUGUGCACAUCCUUGCAUAUCUAUUUAAAUGUUUAAAAAGUUUCCUAUUAUAAGAUUUUUGGCAGUCUUAUUCCAUAAGGUCUACCCAACUUGUUAAGGAUUUUUGUCCCACAAGCUCUGCGUUGAUUGGUUAACUGACCGAGAAUGGCAAUCUCCUGUCUACACUCCCCGCUCUGGAAAAGGGAACAACCAAACAUGACGUUCAUAAAUCAACCGGUACAACAUGUAUUCUGAAUGGACUGUUCAUCCUGGUGAUUUUUUUUCUUAUACAACAACAAAAAGUUGUGAAGUAGUACUGUGUUCCUAUUUUACCAGCACACAAGUAUCAGUUCACACUGCACAAUCAAUCGAUUUCUAAACAAUGGAACUAAAUAAAUCUGUAUUAAUGCA